AUGCCUAGAUCAAGCACUUGGGUCUCUAUUCUUUUCUUGCCUGUAGCCAUCCUCUUCUGCUUUUACAAGUACCCUUACUCUCCAGCCAUUGUGGAACAAUCGUCCAGCUCCAUCUACCACAUCUCCGUCAAGGACAUCGAAGGGAAUGAUGUGAGUUUGAGCCAGUUCACUGGAAAGGUGCUUCUUAUUGUGAAUGUAGCCUCUAAGUGUGGUCUGACACAUGGAAACUACAAAGAGCUGAACAUUUUGUAUGCCAAGUACAAAACCAAAGGGUUUGAGAUCUUAGCGUUUCCCUGCAACCAAUUUGGAAGUCAAGAGCCAGGUACCAACACGGAGAUCAAAGAAACCGUUUGCUCAACGUUCAAAGCAGAAUUCCCAAUCUUUGACAAGAUUGAAGUAAAUGGGGAGAAUACUGCUCCUCUUUACAAGUUCUUGAAAGAACAACAAGGCGGAUUGUUCGGUGAUUCGAUCAAGUGGAACUUCGCAAAGUUUCUGGUAGACAAACAAGGAAACGUGGUUGAUCGAUAUGCUCCAACAACAUCACCUCUUGGAAUUGAGAAAGACAUAGAGAAGCUAUUGGCAUCUGCUUGA